AUGGGAAAAUCGAAGAAGAGGUCGAGAGAAAAGAUAGACGAGGAAAAUGUGGCCAGAUGGCGAAAGAAAUUGAGAAAAUAUCAAGAUCGCUUGGAUCGGGGUGUAAAGGUUAACCCAGAACGCGGUCAAACAGAAAGUACAGAGCGUGAGUUCGACAAGGAAAAUCAGCCGGCAAAUAUUAAUGAGCAAGUUAAGGAGGCUGAGAUUAUGCCGGAGGUACCUGAGAAAUCAGAUUUGGAUCAAAGUAUUCUGGAUUUAUUAGGAGAGGACCCAACAAUAUCAAAGGCGAUUGAGGUUAAGUUGCAUGCGUCGCUAGUCUCUCAUUGGGAGGGACUGUUAAAAGAAGGUCUCUCGAAUGAGGACAAAGAGAAACUUAUCAACAAAUAUAGGAGAUCAGAGUUGAUGAAAGCACCGAAGUUGAAUCCAGAGGUCGCAAACGCACUAGCGGAGCCCGCUGUUAAACGAGAUAAGCACUUCGUUGAUUAUCAGAAUGCAAUCGGUUCAGCAAUAGCAUCUCUAGGUUUAGCUAUGUCUCAGAUAUUAGAACCGAGUGAAGACGGUAUUGAUGAACUUAUGGUGAUAGAGAGAUUGUCAGACGCAGCAAGAUUAUUAAAUGACCUUCAUUAUCGACAAUCAAUCUGCAGGAGAGCGUUUAUUCUUCCUGGAAUACCGAGGGGAUUUAAAACAGCUAUAGAGAAUACGAAACCAGAUUCUUUUCUCUUUGGCAAGGAAUUAGGUGAAAAAAUCAAAGAGGCUGGGGUGAUCGAGAAGGUCACAUUGGAAUCUCCAAGCGGGGUACAGACUUUACGAUCAACAGAAACGUUAUCUCGCCACCAAGAGGAGACCUUAUCAGCAUCACCAGCAGAGUCACCAAAGCUCGUCACGCAACAAAUCAUAUCACAAGUCGGAUUCGAGGAGCAGCCGUUAGUAAGUAAGAUAGCGGGUAGAUUAAAAGGAUAUGUAGAUAACUGGAAAAAGAUUACCAGGGAUAGGUUUAUUUUAGCCUGCAUAGAAGGAUACAAGAUCCCGUUCAAAACUAAAGUAACACAAAAUGUAAUAUUUAAGGAGCCGGCAAGAACGGCUAAAGAAUCGACAGACCUAAAAGAGUCGAUAGAAUCCUUAUUACUAAAAGGUGCAAUAGUAGCAUGUAAACCGAUCGCUGGACAAUUCCUCUCUUCAUAUUUUUUAGUUCAAAAACCAAAUGGCGAUUAUAGGUUUAUUCUAAACUUAAAGAAAUUAAAUGAAUUCGUCGAAAUCGAACAUUUUAAGAUGGAAGAUUUGAGGACAGCUGUUAAGUUAGUUUUGCCGGGUUUUUUCAUGGCAUCAAUUGAUUUAGAGGAUGCAUAUAUGUUGGUAGCAGUGGAUUACGAUAGUAGAAAAUAUUUAAGAUUCCAAUUCGAAGGAACACUAUACGAGUUUACGUGUUUGCCGUUUGAUCUAUCCUCAAGAUUUGUUAUAAACAUAAGGAAAAGCGUAUUAGAUCCACGAACUUGUAGAUUUUUAGGAUUCGAAAUAGAUUCAAAAUCAUAUACAGUUUGUUUACCUAACGAUAAAAAACGAAGAUUGAGUAGUUUAAUCGAUAAGUUUAUGCAGAUGCGUUCGUGUAAGAUACGAGAGUCCGCGAAUUUAAUAGGUACAUUAGUGGCGGCUUCCCCCGGUGUAAACUAUGGCUGGAUCUAUCUGAAGACUUUAGAGAGGGAGAAGAUAUUAGCUCUGAUUUACAACCAAAACGAUUACGAUCAAAAGAUGGAAAUAUCAGAGCAAGUACGGACCGAUUUAAACUGGUGGAAGAGGAACAUUCAGCAAUCCGUUAGUAACAUUAGAAGUCCAAAUUUUGACUGGACUAUAUACACGGACGCUUCGAUGACUGGUUGGGGGGCUGUUCUUGGUAGUAAAAAAAUUCACGGCUUUUGGAAUAAAACAGAAAGAGAACAGCAUAUAAAUUUUCUAGAAUUAAAAGCAAUCCAACUGGCUUUGAAAAAUUUUGAAAUAGAGCUAGGAAAUUCUAAUGUUCUUCUAAAGGUGGAUAACACGACCGCCAUCUCAUACAUCAAUAAGAUGGGAGGAGUAAAAUAUCAAAAAUUUAAUCACUUAGCAAAAGAAAUUUGGAAAUGGGCUGAAACUAGAGAUAUUUGGUUAUUCGCAGUACAUAUUCCAUCAGAAAAGAAUGUGAUAGCGGAUGGACAUUCAAGAAUAAAAAAUAUAGACACAGAAUGGGAGAUCGCGGAAUUUGCAUUUGAAAAAUAG